AUGGAACUUAGUAAUGAGUUUCAAAUCUCAUUCGGAUUAGUUCAAACUAAAUUGACGACUGAUUUAGAUAUGAGAAGAGUUGCAGCCAAAUUUGUUCCAAAACUGCUCUCAGAUGAGCAAAAAGAAAACCGAAAACGGAUCGCCACUGAUUUGCUAGAGCGUUCCGAAUCUGAUGAAUUUUUUUUAAAAUCAAUUAUAACUGGUGACGAGACUUGGGUAUAUGGCUACGAUCCAGAAACAAAGGUACAAUCUUCGCAGUGGAAGACACCUGAUUCACCACGACCCAAAAAAGCUCGUCAAGUUCGGAGUCAAGUGAAGGUUAUGUUGACUGUUUUUUCGACUACCAAGGUGUUGUUCAUCAUGAGUAUGCUCCAAAAGGACAGACCAUAACAAAGGAGUACUACAUUGAUGUUCUUCGCUGUUUACGAGAUGCUGUACGAAGAAAAAGACCUGAGUUUAAAGAGUCUGGUAGUUGGAAAUGGCAUCACGAUAAUGCACCAGCCCAUUCAGUCCAUGUUGUGCAGCAGUUUUUGGCCAAACAUGAUAUCCCAGUUGUUUCUCAACCCCCCUAUUCACCAGACCUAGCUCCAUGUGAUUAUUUUUUAUUCCCAAAGAUAAAAAUAGCACUUAAGGGUAAACGUUUUCAAGAUGUAGAUGAAAUAAAACAAAAUGCGACAGAACAGCUACGAGGAGUUUCUAAAAAUGACUUCCAGAGGUGUUUUCAAAAAUGA